UAAAGACAAUACAUAAUCAUGAAUGGAAAUAAAGAUACAGCACUUUCCUCGAAUUUUUAUAAAAAUAAGACAAUUUUAGCACCUAUGGUAAGAAUAGGAACACUUCCUAUGCGUUUACUUGCAUUAAGAUAUGGAGCCGAUAUUGUUUAUACAGAAGAAUUAAUAGAUUGGAAAUUUUUAAGAUCUAAAAGACGUAUUAAUGAUGUGUUAGGUACUGUCGAUUAUGUUGACCAAACGGAUGGCACGAUAGUUUUCAGAACAUGUCUUGAAGAAAAACCAAAACUGGUUCUACAAAUUGGUACAUGUGAUCCUGAACGAGCUCUUAAAGUCGGCCUCAUGGUACAGGAUGAUGUAUCAGCCUUAGACAUAAACAUGGGUUGUCCCAAAGAAUUCUCAAUAAAAGGCGGUAUGGGUGUAGCCUUGUUAGCAAAACCCGAGAAAGCCAGAGUGAUAUUAAAAACUUUAGUAGACGGUUUAAGAAUACCCGUUAGUUGCAAAAUUCGGAUUUUGUCUACUACACAAGACACGAUAGACUUGGUUAAAUCUUUUGAGGCUACUGGAAUAUCUGCAAUAGGCAUCCACGGUCGUACAUGGGAGGAAAGGCCACAACACAAGGUUCAUCCGGAUGUGAUAAAAGCUGUUGCUGAAGAAAUUGGCAUCCCCGUCAUAGCCAAUGGUGGUUCAAAAGAAAUAGAAAAGCAUGAAGAUAUUGAAAAAUUUCGAGAGUCAUGCGGUGCCAGCAGUGUAAUGAUAGCACGAGCUGCCGAAUGGAAUUGUUCAAUAUUUAGAAAAAACGGUUUGCUGUGUAUGGACGAUGUUAUAAAGGAAUAUUUAAAAAUCGCUGUAGAUUAUGAUAACUCGCCUUCAAAUACUAAAUAUUGCAUACAGAAUAUAUUGAGGGAGCUACAAGAUACUCCAAGGGGCAGGAAGUUUUUAGAUUGCCAAACUUUAGAACAAAUAUGUGCGAUUUGGGACAUGGGUGAAUACUGUCGAUCCAAACAAAACGAGUACAGACUAGCAGGACUCCAAGGACGUUGGCAAGUCGAUCCUGGCAAUUUGGAACCUAGCAACAAAAGAAUAAAAAUUAGCGAAAAUAUAGAAAAUAACGAAAAUCUUAUAGAAAUGAAAAUGGCAUUUUUGAGAGUCAAUUUUCCUAUUGAUACUGAUUUACCGAAAUGCAAACUACAUACGUGGGCACAAAAACAAAACUUUGACCUGCCCACUUACGAAACACACAGGGAGGAUAAAUUAUUUAGGACUGUGCUGACGUUUCGAGGAAAAUCUUAUACUUCUUCAUACUGGGAGAAAAAUAAACGUUUUGCAGAACAAGGUGCAGCUUUAGUAUGUCUUUGCGCUUUAGGUUUAGUUGAAACAUCAACUUUACUAGACAAUGGCAGUUUAUUUGCUUAAAUUUUUAAU